GUUCUGUGAAUCCUUGACCAAGGUCAAGUUAAUCUGUCAACCGUAUUUCAAGGUCCGUCCAAAGGUUGUGCAGUUGUCGGUAAAUAAGAUCUGUUAGUUUCACUUUCGCUUUGUAAGAAUAUAUAGAGUUCUGAAGCAUUGUUCAAACAUAGCUGUGAUCGUUUUUUGCUGCAUCAGAUUUGCCGAUAUUAUUUAUGAAGAGGUUGUAGUGUUUUCUAACUUUCUAUAAAAUGAGAACAUUUCUAGUUGCUCUGUGGAUGGUGAUUCUCGUCGCUGAAGUAGUGCUUCCAAAUGUGUAUAGUAUUGCUCCUGGCUAUUGUCAAUACAAUGGAAUGUUACAUAAGCAAGAUGAAAAAUGGUAUCCCGAACCCUGUACAUCAUGUGAAUGCCUUCCUGGAGACAAUUACCAAUGUAGCAGGCAAUCUUGUCCUUACAUGGAAUGCAAAACUGAGAAGUACGUUGUCUAAGGAGAAUGCUGUCCCAGAUGUAGAGGUUUUAAUGAAACGGGUGAAGAUUGUAACUUCUCUGGGCAUUUACUUAAAGAUGGUGAAGAAAUCAAUCCAGAUUCCUGUACCCCUGUUAAAUGUGUAAGUGGAGUUGUACGGCGGGAUAGAAAGCCCUGUAAAUAUAUGGAAUGCAAAACUGAAACAUACAUGCUUCCUGGAGAUUGUUGCCCCAGAUGUAGAGGUCAUGAUGAAAAAAGUUGUAAUAUUGAUGGGGAGCUAUUUCAGAACGGUGAAGAAUGGAAACCCAAUUCAUGUGCCUCAUGUAUGUGUUCCAAUGGACUUGAAUUUUGUAGAAAAACACGGAGGAGAUGUAGCAACACAUGGUUUAGCAUGAACAUUUCAAAAAGAAAAAUAAGUACCAAUCCAUGUGUCGAAAGUAACGGAGGAUGUGAACACUAUUGUGAAGCAGAGAACGGUGAAGUAAAAUGUUAUUGUCACGAAGGAUUCGCACUUGACCAGGAUGGACGUUCUUGCAAUCGGUAUGAUGCCUGUAAAGACGAGAAUGGAGGCUGUCAGCACAAUUGCCAUUUACAGGACAAAGUUGCUCAAUGUUCAUGUCUCGAAGAUUACAUUCUUCAGGAAGACGGUAAAUCUUGUGAUC